AAUCAACGGACCAAUCAGCGAAAGCGUUACUCAAGAACGCGACGCUUUGAGUUUUGAUUUUGGAAGCUAACGUUAGCCGCCGUGCUGCUGAAAGAUGUCGUUAAAGCGGGGUAUUGGCGAUUCAGAGUACUUGAAGAAAAGGAUUCCACAAAACCCAAAAUUUCAACAUGUGAAAACACGACUUGAUACAGGCUGCAGCCUGACAAAAUAUAUGGAGAGACUGGAGGAGGUACGAAAAAACUACAGAUAUAGGAAGGAUGAGCUUUUUAAAAGGUUGAAAGUCCCUACUUUUGCACAGCUGGUAAUCCAAGUUGCGUCAGUGUCGGAUCAAAAUGACAACAUAAAAGAUGAAAUAGCAAGAUUAGACGAUGAUGUUUCAAUUUUUUCGGAGUCACCAGCAUCCGACCAUCUCUCAGAGCAGACAAACGGCUCCCCCCAGUCUACGAUUCUUCCCCCACUGAUUACUAACAACGAAGCUGGCGAUGUUGGUUUUUCUCCUAGAUCUACUCUUCAAAGUGUCAUCAGUGGCGUGGGAGAAAUGGAUCUCGACAAGAUCGUGCAGAAGACCGCUCGAUUAUCUCCAGUGUCUACUUCCAAUAACACAGAGUCCCCGUACCCCGACUGUCCGUAUCUUUUGCUGGAUGUGCGGGACAGAGACGAAUAUGACCAGUGCCAUAUUAUCAGUGCAUAUAAUUAUCCCAUUGCAACUUUAUCAAGGACAAUGAACCCAUACACAAAAGAAGUACUUGAAUAUAAAAAUUCGCCAGGAAAGAUCAUAAUCGUGUACGAUGAGGAUGAAAGAAUAGCGAGUCAAGCGGCCACCACCAUGUGCGAAAGAGGCUUCGAGAACCUCUUCAUGCUAUCAGGGGGGUUAAAGGUGGUUGUUCAGAAGUUCCCUGAAGGAAUGACAACCGGCUCCAUUCCUAUCUCCUGUCUGCUGUCACCGUCCGGGCCUGGAGGUCGCAAACGAUCGGUGCCGCAGCAGACGCCACAACCAGCAGAGAAAAAGUGGCGGUUCACCUCCGAGGACCUCAGCAGAAUCGAGCUUCACCUGGAAGAGGUGUUCAUACCUAGUGGGCCAAGCAGUCGCCUCAGCAGCAGAAUGUCCACUAACAGCGCUCGCUCCAAAGCGUCAAGUGUUCGGAGCAGUCGACAAGGUUCGUCCAUAGCGGGGUCAGAGAGUGCUUGGUCACGGAGUAGUCGACCUUGGAAAUGAGCCAAGUCACCUUCGGAACUAUCAUUUUGAGUCUAAUGCAAAUAAAGCUUUGUUUUACUUUAACAGAAUUCUUGUACACAAUUGUGAUGAACACUCCACAAUCUCUCUCUUUGUUUUUACUGGUAUUUAAUGCAACAUGAUUGAAUUCUCACUGGCACUUUUUUCUUUAUUUGCUUUCUUCACACUUGAGCCUUGCACUGCAGAAUCCAGAUUAUUUUUCUUUUUGUCAUUUAUUGCUGUCAAUGUUUUUUCUGUUUUGUGCCAUCAAGAAUAUUUUUUUCUAUUAUGAUGGUAAAUGGUGUUUUGGUUAUGACUCUUUACUAUUUUAACGCAUAUAUAGUGUUCUUCUGUCAUGAUACAUGGAUGAUGUUUUAGUGGAUGGACUAUUCUUAUUGGUGGUCAUCUUACUUCGCUUAUGAUGUGCUAUGCUAGUAUGUUUGCAUUGAGCAUGAUGGUUUCGCUAUGCUGCAGUGCUUUAGAUUUUAGAUGUGAUGUUUUGAUGCCUUAACACGGGUGGAAAGAGUAGCCCUUUUGUUUGUUUGGUGCUUUUUAGUUUGAAUUUUUGGAGAACGAUUUAACCCAUUUUUAUUAAAGUGAUGGUUCACCCAAAAAUUCUGUCAUUAAUUACCCUCAAGUUGUUCCAAACCUGUAUAAAUGUCUUUGUUCUGAUGAACACAAAGAAAGAUAUUUGGAACAAUGUUAGCAACUGAGAUGUCUGGGGCACCAUUGACUACCACAGUUGAAAGAUUUAUUGUUUUAUUAAUUUUUUGUUCUGUUGAAUACAAAAGAAAAUAUUUUAAAGAAUUUAGGAAAAAACAAACAGUUCUGGGGCACCUCUGACAACCAUUUCAAUGAUGUCCCAGAAAUCUCCGUUGCAAACUUCUAAAUAUCUUUCUUUGUGUUCAAUAGAACAAAAAAAUUAUACAGGUUUGGAAUAAUUCAUGACAGAAUUUUUAUUUUUGGUUGAACUUUCCCUUUAAAUGAGAUGUAUCUCUAAGUGCAGCUCACAAUCAACUAAACUGUGAUAUUUGUAAUAGCUGGUAUUCGUGGAGAUUAAGACAUGUUGCUGUGUAUGAUGUUCUGCUUUGCCUUUUGAAAAGCUAAAAGAAGAAACUACUUGUUUUUACCGGAGCUGAUGCCAGAAUGUGUUCUGACUAAAUUUCCUGACGGAAAUCAGUUUUCCUAGUUCUUUUACAGACUUUGUUUUAUUGACCAAUGAAGAAUUUAAUUUAAUCUAUGAUGACUACCUACUGGUUAUUUUGUAUUAUACGUCUGAAUAAAGAUUCAUUUUAUAUUGUAGACCCAAUUGAUAACUUCCUGAAUUGUAUUUUAAACUGGCACGUUAUAAACGUUAAAUAGUUGAGAAAACUCGCUGACCAGCAGUGUUUGCCGAGUUGCCAAAAGAUUAAGUAUUUUUUCCUACUAUGGCAGUCAAUGGGGGGCUAAAUCUGUCUGGUUAUAAGCAUUCAUCCAAAUAUCUUUCUCUGUGUUCAUCAGAACAAAGAAAUUUAAACAGAUUUGGAACAACUCGAAGGUGAGUAAAUUAUGACAGAAUUUUCAUUUUGGGUGAAAUAUCCUUUUAACCUCUUAAACUUUGUGGACCCGGUAUCCAAAAUGGUGUCGUCAAGAUAUUUCUUAAAUGGAUGAGAACUUUGCAUGUUUCCAUGCCUGUUACUAAAAAUAGCACAUUGGAGCAUAUUUGUUCAUUAUUUAUGGUCUUUGCAUCGUGGUUUGCUGGACAUAAAAUAACAUUGCAAAUUCAAUUGUCUUUACCACAGUUUGCCUAAAGUUUAACACACAAUUCAUGUUUACAGUGCUAUGAUGUUUAGAAUGCUUUUUGAAUACCUUGUGACCUCAUUAAAUCAGAU